CAUUAGCGUCCAGUCCAUGAAAAAGCCAACGAAACGCAGACUUUCCUUCUUAAAACGCACAAUCCGCUUUCUUUUGUCUUUCUUGUGCUUUCACUCCCACGCUCUCACUCGCUCCAAAAUGCGCCUAACGCUGCCCCAAAACCUGAGUCUCUCGCGCCUCAAAACCCUCCUCUUGAUCGUCUCCUUUCUCUUCAUCCUCUACCUCCUCUUCUACCGUCGCGAUUGGCACGCGCCGCCAACCUUAAUCUCACGCGUAUUCGAUUAUACUCUCACGCGCCGACACCUCCUCUUCGCCAUUGCCUCCUCGUCCCAGUCUUGGCCCCGAAGGAAGCCCUACCUACGCAUCUGGUACUCCCCCAAUUCCACCCGCGCGUUCACUUUCCUGGACCGCGUCGCGGCCUCCGACGCCGGAAAUGACAGUACCGUCCCUCCGGUCGUCGUCUCCGCUGACACCUCCAAGUUCCCGUACACGUUUCGUGGAGGUCUCCGGUCGGCGAUCCGCGUGGCGCGCGUGGUUAAAGAGAUAGUGGAUCGCAACGAGAAGGACGUGCGGUGGUACGUGUUCGGCGACGACGACACCGUUUUCUUCGUGGACAACCUGGUGAAAACACUAGCGAAGUACGACCACGCACGGUGGUUCUACGUUGGGAGCAACUCGGAGAGCUACGAGCAGAACGUGAAGUACUCGUUCGACAUGGCGUUUGGCGGUGGAGGCUUCGCGAUAAGCUACUCGCUCGCUAAGGUUUUGGCAAGGGUUUUGGAUUCGUGCUUGGUGAGGUACGCACAUUUGUACGGAAGCGACGCUAGGGUUUUCUCGUGCUUGGCGGAGCUUGGUGUUGGUUUAACUCAUGAACCUGGGUUUCAUCAGGUUGAUAUGAGGGGGAAUUUGUUUGGGAUGCUGUCUUCACAUCCAUUAUCUCCUUUACUGUCUCUUCAUCAUUUGGAUGCUGUGGAGCCAAUCUUCCCUAACAUGAGCAGGACUCAAGCAAUGGGACAUCUUUUUGAAGCUGUGAAUGCUGAUCCUGCCAGGAUUUUGCAGCAAACUGUCUGCUAUGACCCUUCGAAUUCAUUGACUAUUUCAGUUGCAUGGGGUUAUGCUAUCCAGAUAUUCAAUGGUAAUGAAUCUCUCCUGGACCUCCUUUCGCUGCAGAAAACCUUUAUGCCAUGGAAGAGGAGUGUCACUAUUGGUGCUAGUCAUUAUAUGUUUAACUUGAGAGAUUAUCCUAAAGAUCCAUGUAAAAGACCUGUAAUCUUCUUUUUGGAAAGUGUUAGACCUGAUAUAGGUGAUGUCUGGAGCUACUACACCAGGCAUGUGGUGAGAGAGUGUGUCAGACCUGAUGCAAUAAAGAAUUUGAAACACAUCAAAGUUAUCUCUCAGAGGCUUGAACUCGAUAUUGAACAGAUGAAGGCUCCGCGUCGUCAGUGCUGCAACAUUUUGCCCUCCUUUAAUGAGUCAAUGGUCAUUAACAUUAGACAAUGUGGCGUUGAUGAACUAAUUUCCAUGCAUUUCUAGCAUUUUUGGGAAGAGGAAUCUUUUAAGUACAAAGCAAGCUUAGAAAGUUUUGAAGCA